GAUUAAUUGAUUCGGGUAUAAGGUAGGUGUCCCUAGUGACGUGUAGUGUGUUCUGUUCUUAGGCAUUUCAAGGGGAGACUGCAACUCGAUAAACGCGGGGAAUUGACUCACUGUUCUUCCCAGGCAACCUAGAAAUUUACAGAUGGCUGAGAUGCAGUACAUUGUAGACCAUGCAAGGCAGGCAUUUGCCACUGGAAAGACUCGAUCUUUGGAUUUUAGGAUCCAGCAGCUGAAGUCUUUGAAGAGAAUGUUUAUUGAAAAGGAAACUGACAUAAUUCAAGCAUUAAAGGCUGACUUGAACAAGAAUUUUUGCAGCGCUUACAGCUAUGAGAUUAUGGGAGUGUUGGGGGAGAUUGAUGAUGCUGUGGGGAAUCUUGCUGAAUGGAUUGCACCUCAGCAUGUGAAAAAGAAUCUAAUGACCUUGAGAGAUGAAGUGUACAUAAAAUAUGAGCCUCUUGGAGUUGUGUUGGUCAUCGGGGCUUGGAACUACCCUGUAGUGCUUCUCCUGCAACCUCUUGUGGGUGCCAUUGCAGCAGGUAAUGCUGUAAUAGUGAAACCUUCAGAAGUCAGUGAAAAUACUGCCAAACUUCUGGGAGAACUUCUGCCUCAAUAUAUUGACAAGCAGUUGUACCCUGUGGUAAAUGGUGGCAUACCAGAGACUACUAAACUUCUGGAGCAAAGAUUUGACCAUAUCUUCUAUACUGGUAGCACCAGUGUUGGCAAAAUAGUAAUGACAGCUGCUUCUAAGUUUCUGACGCCUGUCACCCUUGAGCUUGGUGGAAAGAGUCCAUGCUACAUUGAUAAAAACUGUGAUAUCAACGUUGCCAGUAGACGUAUAACAUGGGGAAAGUUUCUCAAUUGUGGUCAGACAUGUAUUGCUCCUGAUUAUAUUUUGUGUGACAAAUCCAUCCAGCCUAAACUAGUGGAACAGAUUAAAGAGACUUUAAAGGAAUUUUUUGGUGAAGAUGUCAUGCAGUCUAAAGACUAUGAAAGGAUUAUAAGCACCCGACACUUUAAGCGUCUAAUAGGUCUUUUGGAUGGACAGAAGAUAGCACAUGGAGGAGAUCACGAUGAGGCGGCUCGUUAUAUAGCACCCACAAUCCUAACUGAUGUUAAACCUGACUCCAAGAUCAUGCAGGAAGAGAUUUUUGGACCUCUGCUUCCAAUUAUUUCAGUUGGAAAUGUGGAUGAAGCUAUUCAGUUCAUAAAUAAGAGAGAGAAGCCUCUUGCUCUCUAUGUGUUCUCAAAUGACAAUCAGGUGAUCAAAAAGAUGAUUUCCGAGACAUCCAGUGGGGGUGUCACAGCCAAUGAUGUUAUUAUGCAUUAUACAGUCACAGAUCUGCCCUUUGGAGGUGUGGGCCACAGUGGCAUGGGUGCAUACCAUGGCAAACACACCUUUGAUACUUUCUCUCAUAAGCGUUCGUGCCUCAUUAAGUCUCUUGCCAUGGAAGGCGUGAACAAGCUUCGCUAUCCUCCAUACACAAUAAAAAAGGUGGAGUGGACCAAAUUUCUGCUGAAGAAUCAUCUAAGCAAGAAGAAGCUGUGUGUAUUUCUUCUGCCCUUAUUUGCCAUUGCUGCAGCUGUCGCUGUGAAGUUGGUUUUCUACUGAAAGCUGAGGAAAUAACAUACAAAGCUUCUCUGCUAUUUGCUAACUUUAACAAAUAACGUAAUUUUUCAUAAAAUAUUAACCAGGUAACGAUAAUUAGUAUCUGCUCCUUUUAGAAUAACAUUUACAAGGAUCUGUGAUUUAAUGAUUGUGGAGAUGUAAAACCUAUACAUUUUGACUGAUUUUUAGCAGAAGAUUAAAGGGACACUGAACCCAAUUUUUUUUCUUUCGUAAUUCAGAUAGAGCAUGCAACUUUCUAAUUUACUCCUAUUAUCAAAUUUUCUUCAUUCUCUUGGUAUGUUUAUUUGAAAAGCAAAAAUGUAAGUUUAGAUGCCGGACCAUUUUUGGUGAACAACUUAGGUUCUCCUUGCUGAUUGGACAGCACCAAUAAACAAGUGCUGUCCAUGGUUAUGAAACAAACCUUUGCUGGAUCCUUAGCUUAGAUGCCUUCUUUUUCAAAUAAGGAUAGCAAGAGAACGAAGAAAAAUUGAUAAUAGUAGUAAAUUAGAAAGUUGCUUUAAAUUGCAUGCUCUAUCUGAAUCAUGAAAGAAAAAAAUUGGGUUCAGUGUCCCUUUAACAAAAAAAUACAUUCCAGAAUAUGAGCAAGAAGUGAGACACAUUGUCCUUCUAUAAAACUGGGCAAAAUAGUUUAGACUUUUGACUGGUUACCUCCAGUAAUAAUUUUGCCCUAUAUUUGUAUACAGUGUCAAUAAAUGCAUUUCAAAACUGAUGUGUUUUUUUUUUUUGAUGGGUUAAUUUAAAAGAAACAUCUGUAUCAAAGUAUUUUGUUCAAUGUACUAGUUUGGGAGAUGGGGUAUGAUCUGCAUAUUUAACAAAAACUGUUUUGAAUAUGCUAAAACAGUGAUUACUUUAUAAUCAUUUUUCCAUUAAUUUUUGUAUGUAAAUUCUGUAUAAACCUGGAUUGUGUAACACAUCCAGAAAUGUUUUUAGAACUGCCUGUUUCUGUUUUUAGAUUCAGACUGUUUAGGUAAAUAUGAUCAGCUAUUGCUUAUUAUUCAGAAUAAAGCAGAUAAAAAAUG